AUGGGAGACCUUUUUUCUUUAUUUUGGGAGGUGGAUCCUCCCCCCAUACCUAUAAGUUUUACCAUUCCAAAUCAAGAUUAUGAAUGCCGGAAGGAUGACUCUUGUGGGACAAUAGGGAACUUCCUGCUUUGGUAUUUUGUCAUUAUAUUGGUCCUGAUGUUCUUCUCUCGGGCUUCUGUCUGGAUGUCUGAGAAGAAAAAGAAUGAAGACAAUGGAACAAGCACUUCACUAAGUAAAGCAAGCAAAGAUACUUCCUAUAAGCGGCAAAACAAAGAUGGUGCCUGGGAUUCUUUGCAAAUGAUGACAAAACCAAAGCAGAACCAACUUACUCUUGUAACUGACUCAGAAAUGGCUUUGGUCAAUGCAUAUCUUGAACAAAGACAAGCGAGGCACCAUUCUGAAUUCAGCCGGGUGAAUCAGACCCAACCUGACAGUGAUACUACUGAGUGUGAGAGUGAAGUAUCUAACUCGGGAGCCUCCUCUUGGAAGGAGAGUGAAAGUGAACACCACCAAUCACCAGCCAGUAUUAAGAAGAGAAAAAUAGCUCAGAGGCAAAGGAAUAUGGGAGGUUGCCAAAUCAGGGAAAGGCCCUGCCUCCACUGCAAAGCUAUGAGAACCAAUGAAUGGCUGACCCGCCAUUUCCUUCAAAACACUUCAGUAACAACCCCAAAGAAGGGAGAUAUUCAAGAAGGAAAUUCUGGACCUGGUAUUAACAAAAUUCAGUAAAUUUUGAAUUUUAUCCAGUCCUUACCUUAUUUGAAGCCAAAUGAAAGAGAUGAAUAAAACACAAAAAAUCACCAGAGCUCUAGGUGAGGAGGCUUUUACAAUAAAGUCUCUCUACUAAGAACAAAAACAUUCUUGGAAUGCAAGAGAUAAAAUUUCAGAUAAUUCUUUGUCCAAAAACAGGCCAGUGAAUUUGUUUAUGGCACCAUUGGAGCAUCAAAGAUCUACAUCCACUGUGAUUUUUUUAUUCAAAAGAGCACAAGACAGAUACUUUAUGCCUUGAGUGUAUGUAUUUUGUUUAUAUCUGUAAUACAAAUAAGGAACCUCUUUGAAAAUAUAUUUAUGUUUAGUAACUAUUUAAAUUUAUUCAUAUGUUUUGGUCAUCUGAUUGACUGAAUGAGUUAGGUAAUGUUGGUUGGAAUAGAAUUGGCUCAUAUUCUUCAGAUCCAUAUUUACAGGUGGCUCUACCUGAGCUGUAUUUUAUUUUUUGGCCGGGAGGCUUGUGGGAUCUUAGUUCCCCCAUCAGGGAUUGAACCCAGGCCCUCGGCAGUGAGAGCGUGGAGUCCUAACCACUGGACUGCCAGGGAAUUCCCUACCUGAGCUGUAUUGAUGCACAUGUGUCAGCUUGGGGCUGGAAUGAGACCGGAUUCCCAGAGUAGACCAGAAGGACAGCUGGGCCAUGGGCUGUCCGUGGUUAUUGUCCAAAGGGCAUGACAAGUAUUAAAGAAAAAAUUAUUCUGGCAUGUGUUAAAAUGAUAAGGAAGACUUUAUUCAAGACUAUUUGUAAUAGGGGUCCAGUCUAUUGCAACUGGGGAGAGAAAUCAAGCUCAACUCCAAAUACAGCAAGUUCAAGUGGGGAUUUGUAACCAAGGAACAGGGUAAGGGUGUCAGUGGAUGGAAAAUUACUAAGAGGAGCCAUCAAGGGUAGGGGGAUUUCUGCUAAAUUGACCUGGCAUGAUUCUUGCUAAAGGCAGACCAAGGACUUAUACAGCAAAGGUAGAGGAUGAGGAACUUGAUCAGAUGUCAAGGGUGCUCAGAUAUCAAGGGUGAGGGACUGUCACUAAACUUACUUAGCAGAAUUCUUGCUAAAACUGGACUGGGCAGCCAAAGACAGGAUGGGCGCCAAGGUUGAGAUCUGGAUGAGAAGAGGGCUCGGAGGAGCCUAACUCAAAUUUGUCAAAGAAAGAGUCUUUAUUGAAAGUUAGCUGCAACCCGGACAUAGUUGGGGCUGAGUUUUCCAGUUAGGUGGGGACCCCAGUGGUGGGGAAUUCAAGCAGGCCUAGUAGAUGGGUGGCUAUUCUGGAGGAUGGCAGAACCCCAAGUGGGAUAUAAAACAAGGCCCAGAUCCCAGAGAAGAGGGCUGACAAGGACAAGAUAAGCAGUAGGGGCUCUGCGCUGGAGUUCAAAGAAGGGUUUAAGUGUUAGGGACGGAUUUGGAUACUACAGCUUAAUACUAAGAACUGAGCCUUUUAUGGGGUAUUGGGAGAGAUACAACAUAGCUAUUACUGUGGGCUUGGGAGUUACUCCUGAUAAUUUCAAGUUCCUUAACUAACGGCAACAAAGAGACCCGGGAGGCAAUGUGGAAGCCCCAGCCACUGGAACUAGGCCACUAGAAUCCAGGACAUGGGGUGACAUUUCUGAGCUUAUUUGUGGAGACUGUCUUAUUCAGAUAUCCUCAGGAUUGGAACAGGUCUGAGGCUGCAAGUGAAAAGAGGACAACUUCAAGUUUCAACUCAAGCAUCAACCUUUUCCACAAAGACUUCCUUUACUUCUUGAUUUUACCCUCCUCCACUUUGUCCCCUCAGGCAGAACUCACUGUACCCUCCCUUAUGCUCCAAUGUACCUUGAAAAGUUCUCUAUCUCGGCACCCUUAACAUUUUAAUACAUGUAUUUGUUUGCAUAUAUAUAUAUAUAUAUAUCUCUGCCCUUAAAGAUAGAGUCCAUGACUUAUCUGUAUCUCUGUGACCCAGCACAGUGCCAGACAGCAUGGCAGAUAAAUAAUGCAGUUGAAUCAAUAUGCAGAGGGAUUCAUGAAUGCAAAAGGGAGGAGCUGAGGAAAGCAGAGGCAGAGAAAGCAGGGCAGGGGCCAAUAUCUAAAAUUUAGUGAAUGAUUCUGGUAUUUCUAACUUGAUAUGAUCAAGAUGCUUGUUAUCUUGUUUAUUUAAAUAGCACCAAAAAAAACCCCAAAUACCAAAAGACAAUAAAAACAAACUCAAAAUAUAGUAAGUUGCAGGGACAGGAUUUAGACCCAAGUCAUCUGACUUCAGAGUUUGAGCUCUUAAUUACUGUGAUCUUAGCCAUUAUUCUCUGAAGAUGGAAAAAUCCUGAUUUCAAGGUAAGUCAGUUACCACCUCCCACACAGCCAUAAGUGAUAUCCAAGCUGAUAUAAUCUCAUCAGGAAGAGGAGGACAAUGACUGUAUUCUAGAUAACAGAGUACGAUGGGUCCAGGCCCCAAAUGUGUUGCUUGUGGAUCUAAAAUAUAAGCAAUGAACUAUUAUCUGAAAAGUCACGUAUGUCAAAGACUACUACUUUUCAUGGUCUCAUCUGUGGGGCUAGCACAGGUCUGAGUUGGGGGGUGGGAGACAGGUGUCCACUGGAAGAAGGAAUCAUGGAUGAGUUAAACCAGGGGCUAUAAAUAUGAAGGGAUUAAUUAGGGUAAUUUGUAAGUACGUUAAUCGAAAAACAGAGACCAAACACAGCUGGGAGGACAGCCAAAGCCACGGAGAGAAAUACACUGAAUCAGAGGAAUAAGGCAAGGGCAUUGUAGGAUGAGGAGCAAAAGCAUGGCCAGACUCAUUGGAACUGAAUUGAUGAGCGAGGUACGGAACACGUGAAGUGGGAGAUAGUUCCUGAAACUAGGGCUGCAAACAUUAGUUGUGGCUUGGUUUUCAUUGUAUUCAGAGCCUGUGUGAGCUGUCAGGGUGGGGCCCCUGGGCUUCAUAACAGUCCCUUCUUCAGUCUGUCCUUGCUGAAUGGGAUAAACUUGGCCACCUGUGGUUUUUAUGGUAGAAGGUUGUAACCUGUUUGGGUAGCUUGCUUGUGGGGAGGCAUGGAACGCUUGGGCUUGCUUCCUGUCUGUGGUCCAUCCAUGCAACUAAAUGGUCAGAACUGACCUGUGUAGCAAUGUCCACCUACAUCAAGCAUCACAACUCUUGUCAGGAACUGUGAGGGAGGGAACUAUGGGAUGCAGGGAAGUUUGUUUUUUUUUUUUUUAAACAAUAUAUUCUUUUCUUUUUAAAAUUUAAUUUAUUUAUUUUUGGCUGUGUUGGGUCUUCAUUGCUGUGCGGGCUUUGUCUAGUUGCGGCGAGUGGGGGCUACUCUCUGUUGCGGUGCGCGGGUGUCUCAUUGCGGUGGCUUCUCUUGUUGCAGAGCACAGGCUGUAGGCACGCGGGCUUCAGUAGUUGUGGCGUAUGGGCUCAGUAGUUGUGGCUCACGGGCUCUAGAGCACAGGCUCAGUAGUUGUGGCACACGGGCUUAGUUGCUCUGCAGCAUGUGGGAUCUUCCUGGACCAGGGCUCGAACCUGUGUCCCCUGCAUUGGCAGGUGGAUUCUUAACCACUGCACCACCAGGGAAGCCCAGGGAAGGUUUUAAGAAAUGGAUGUGAAAUGAGAAAUGAGAGUAUACACAUGGGAGGUGUUUGGAGAGGGGUUGGGGAAUAGGGGAACUGGAAACUAUAGCUACACGGUAGAUAGUCUCAAACUCUGAACCUCUGCCCUCCAAGAUUGGGUGGUGUGGUUUUGGUGGAAGGAGAGGCAAGCCAGUAGCAAUAACAGCAACAAUAAUAAUACUGAUAACAGAUGACAUUUAGAGAGUGCUUGCUAUAUGCCAGGCGCCAAAGUAAGCAUUUUAUAAGGAUUAAUUUACCCUUCACAAGCUUGCAUCCAAUUUUAAGGAUGAUGAAACCGAGGCUCAGGGAAAUUAAAUGAUAUACCCAAGAUCAUAGAGCUGGUGAGUGUUGGGGAGUUGGGUCUUGGGUUUUGUCUGAUCACAAAGAUUUUGUUUUUACCGUGAUGAUAACACAUUAUCCAUGUUCUUAAUGAACAGUGAUUAGAUAAGAACUUGAGAGACCAGACACCAAAUACCAAACCGAGUCCAGAGACUAGAGAAGGACUAUUCAUGGAAAAUGGAGCCAAGGGUCAGAAGCUGAGCAGAGAUGGGAGCAGUUAAGUAAAGCAGGGGAGGGCUGAUGCUGUUCAGUGGAGAGGCCUUAUAGCAUCAUCUUGCCUCAUUUGCAGUGAGUAAGGCUGGACAACUAUCAGUAGAUCAGGCAGAAACUCAGGGUGGGCUUUUGAAAAAAAGAAGGGAAAUGGAAACUUAGCUGAAAGGGUUGGUGAAGGUAAGAAUGAGCUUUGUACUGAAUAUUGAGGAAUAGGAGGCAGUAGUGACUAGAGCAGUGAGGUUGAUGGCCAAAGAUUUGAGAGGAGAAUUGGGGGAGGACACCAUCAAGAAAACCACAUAGCUACAGCUCCUUCCACUGUUACUGACCCUCCUGCCUAGGGCCCCCAAAAGGGUCCUCCUGCCUGGUGUCAUUGGAGCCAACAGAAUGAGACUGAGUUUGGUUCAAAAGGAAAGGAAAGCUUUAUUCUUUGAUCAAAGAAUGGGGAGGUGUGACCUCUCGCUCUACAGUCCACACUCUUCCCAACAGGCUCUGAGCAGGGCUGCUGUACAGGGAUCUUGUCAGCAGGGAGGGAGGCAGAGAUCUUGCGGGGCAGGCACAGCUGCUCUGCUCAAGGCUCCAGGUUGCAGUGCUGGGUGCAGCGUCUCUGCACACGGCCUGCUGCCGCCGCCAUCUUGAAUUGCAGUGUCGUGUGCAGAGCUUCUGCACACGGCCCACCGAGCUGAGGUGUCCGAGCGGCCAUGUUGCACUAGCAACUCUGGGCUGCAGUGCCGGGUGCGAGGCUUCUGCACGCGGUACUCCAUGAGCAACUGAAACUAGGCGAAGCACAAAGGAAAAGAAAAAAAAAGGUUAGACUUUAUUACCCAGAUUCUAUUUUUAUUUACUGGGAAUUUUUAAUGGGCUUUGCUGGUGACACCACCGCCAUCCCUUUGUCUCACAAAAGAAUACUAUCUCCCAACAGAUUCCAGGGUAGUGUUUUCAAAACAGCAACCCAUUAAUAGAUUGUGCAGUCAAUUUAGUGGGUAGUGACUAGCAUUUAUUAACAAAUGCAUAGAAAAUAACGGUGUCGCACAUAAUAAAGGUAAGUAUUGUUUUUGUUUUAGUGUGUGUGUACUGAGUUGCAAUCAAUGCAAAAUGUGUUUCUUAACUACGGUAGGGUAGAAAAUAGGAGCCACCGCUCUGGAGGAGUUUUCUUUGUCGAUUUUCUGUAUUCGCCAGCUAUUCCACUACGUUAUGAAGGCAGGUGUCACUCUAUGCAUUCGUGAUUGUUGUAUGCUAGUAAUUAGUAAAUCAUCACUCAAACACUAAAGGAUGGACCAACUGUCUAGAUUAGUGAAAAGCUUGAAUUAAAUUAUACAACUUUAAAAGAACUUUAGAUUUAUUAUUUUCAAAUAGAGUAAGUGAAAGCAAGCUAACCAACUGUUGCCUGGUACACAGGGGUGGGUUUUGCCUUGGUGAAUAAACAAGAGUAAUUUGUAAUUGACAUUUCAAAGAAGCCUUAGAAACAGGCCAGCCUUUGUUUAAAUCAUAAUUACCCUGUUUGUAUGUAAAAGGAUACUUCUAAAGCUUUUCAAAACAACUGGUUCUUUUAAGUAGAUAAUUAUUCCCUUUCCAAUCUUGUUUACACUAUUGAGAACUGCAGUGAAUUCUUUUUUUUUUUCCAUAGAUAGUACAAAGGUUAACUUCAGCCAGCCCUUCCUCAAAUUAUCACAAAUUCCCAAUUAGUGAAUUCUAAACAGGGUUUCCCUGUAACAAUAUACCAAAGACUUGUAUGAUGUGUUCUUUAUUGCUUUGAAUAACAUCUGACAAGUUUCCAAGUACCAGGCCACCUGGAUAUUCUCUGUCUGUCAGGAACAUAUGGUCACAGAGGUGCAUUGGAGGGUAAGAGGAAAUACAAAUCAGGCACAAACAUGCAGGGGUAGUGAAGGAGACAAAAGGGAAAAAAUGUCCCUCCUCUUUUUUUUAGUAUCUAAUACCAACUAAAGUGUACAUUUAUAGGCACUUUUUACUGUAAAAAAGAGUUGCACUUUAAAUUUAACAAAGCUACAGACGGAAGUAGAAAACCGAACUUUUUUGUAUGAGACUGGAAGUUAUUAGGCCCAGAGAAGCUGGCAAAAAAGACGUAUUCCAAAAAAAAAAUUAUACUUGUCUAUUUUUGCAUAACAUUUCUCACUGCAGAUUUCCACUCAGUGAACAAAAGGAAGUGCAUGAAAUACUUAAAAACAAAAACAAAAAUGUUAUAAUCCCAGACAAUACUGUUUUCUAGUUCUUAUCUUUUAUCUUCUGAGCUUGGCCUCUUUCACAGGCAGACCCUCAAGCUGCCUGAUUACAGGGGCCUGUUGUCUAUAAUUGUCUUUGUUUAUUAGGGCCCUCUGUCACUAUGAAGUUUCAUGUGUUCAAAAUCUUGAUUUAGCAGUGAGAAAAUCAGGCAGGGAGCCAACUCUGCUACUAAUUAGUGUAAACCAAAAGAGGGAAGCAGGGAGAUAAAAACCAGGUCCCAGUGGAAGGGUCUGCAGCCAGGGUUAGUAAAAGUGAUGUGGCAGGUCAGAGAGUUGAAUGAGGCAAAAGCGCUUGGAGAAAUGCAACUUAGGGCGAGAGUCCUUUUGUCUCUUUUCUUUGAUUGCACCCCUUCAGAUGCAGCAAGGGUCUGUGGUAGCCUCCAUCGAUUGUUCUCCUUCUGUUCCAGCAGCUCCCCAUUUUGUUCCACUGUUCUCCUUCCCUUAUAGGACUUAGGUCCCAGUCGGUCUAAGUCCCCCAGGGGGGUGCCGUUCCCCUUGUCAGUGAGCGGUUCGUGCAUGGGCACGUGAUCUAAUUCUGGAAAGGGAAGUUUGCUGGUGGGGGCAUUCUGAGAAAAGUUUUUUCAGUCUUAAAAAAGACCUGCACUGGGACGAAAUUGUCCCUUUUCGUUUGGCGGGUGAUGUUGAUGACUUCAACUGUGACAGGUAGCUGUGUCCAUAAGGACAUUAGUCUAAACAUAUCAAAGUGAAAAUAUGGAGAAGUCUAGGUCCUGAGCUGCUGAAUUAAGAAAUUCUGGAAUCAUCCUACUUUGGGACUUUUUGUUAGGCAAGAAAAUUUCCCUUAUUAAGCAUUUUAAGUUGGCUUUUCUUUUACUUGCAGCCAUUAUGGAGUCUUAAUCAUCUUUUAUCCUCUAUAAUUUCUAGAGCAGCUCCUUUUGCCUAUUAUAAGGUGCUCAGACGUUAAAUAAAUACUAAGUACAUGUACUCCUUUGAUGGAGCCUGUGGUAGUGAUGGUGAGAGCUGUUAAUAGCUGAGAAAAGGUCUUUAUAAAUGUCGUGGACUUUUUGGGUUGACUGCCUCAACCCUUUUCUUUUCUAGGAGCCUCUUUUUUUUCCCUGAUUCUCAUGCAUGUUGUUACAGUGUGAUCCUGCCUGUUUCCAUCCCUUCACCCUGUCCAGGCAUUGAUUUCAGUAGGACUUUCUUCCAAUCAAAGUUCCUUCCUGAGAAUUUGGAAUUGGGACCAGUAAAGAGAUCAGUCUCCUUAGGUGACUGGACUUAGAGUAGGUUUUCACGUUUCUCUUCAUAUAGAUUGGAAACCAGGGAAAGAAGGUUGUAACAAGAACAAAAGAAUGAAGCAGAGAAGGGCAGAGAGAUGCAAUGGGAAGUUCUGAUGGUUUUCAAGUCCCUGGUUCCAGUUAAUUCCUAAGGCCAAUCUGUUUACCCUCUCAUAGGCAUCAUGACACUUCACUCGCUGGCUCUUAUAAUAAGUUCCCCUUUUUGCUUAUGCUAACUCAAGUGAAUUUCUAUUACUGGAAACCAAAAGAAUCCUUAAAACAGUUGUGUGCUGGUAAAUGUUUAACAAUCGGCUCUGAUUGUUAAAAGCCCUGAUUUUGUAGCACUUGCUGAUUUCUGUGAUAUAAAUACUCCCACUGUUGCUUAUUUCACAUUAACAAAGUGACAUCACUGAACGUGGAGUUGGGAAGAAAUGAGCACAGUGGCUCUGGUGAGCUGGUCUGUGACAGCUCCAGCACUGCCUAAAGAAUACAACACACAGCAUGCUUUUCAGAAAAUCCGUGUUAAACGGGAGGUUCAGGGAUAUACACUGAUGGCUGCUAAGCUGGGAAUUCCGGUAUUAAAAUCUUUUAAUUAAUUUUAAAUGUGCAGAGUCUUGGGACUCAGGGAAUAGAGGAAGUAGGAUUAAGUUCUUAAAUAUUGAAAAAAAACUUUUAAAAGUAUUCUAGGGCUUCCCUGGUGGCGCAGUGGUUGAGAAUCUGCCUGCUAAUGCAGGAGACACGGGUUCGAGCCCUGGUCUGGGAAGAUCCCACAUGCCACGGAGCGGCUGGGCCCGUGAGCCACAGCUGCUGAGCCUGCGCGUCUGGAGCCUGUGCCCCGCAACGGGAGGGGCCGCGAUAGUGAAAGGCCCGCGCACCGCGAUGAAGAGCGGUCCCCGCACCGCGAUGAACAGUGGCCCCCACUUGCCGCAACUAGAGAAAGCCCUCGCACGAACCGAAGACCCAGCACAGCCAAAAAUAAAUAAAUUAAUUAAUUAAAAUAAUAAAAAAAUUAAAAAAACAAAAAAACAAAAAAACAAAACAAAACAAACAAAAAAAAAGUAUUCUAGUGAUUUGGGUGUAUUGGGACGAGGUGGGCGGUAAGGAGCUUGGACUGAGGAAGGGAAAGAGGCUGGGAGUGUAGCUGGAAAGUUGGGGAAGAAGGUGGCCUGUGUGAGGGCAGGGUCCAGGCCUUGACAAAAAGGAGAAUAUCACCUUCUGCAGGUGAAGACAGGCAUUCUAGGGGUGAGAAGCCAAGGCUACCUGGUACCCCAGGCCACCACGCUAACAAAGGACUAAAUUAGGUCAUUUGGCUAUCACCUGUAAAAUCUCCUGACCUGCUUUGCUUUUGUGUGAAGUUCCUUUAAAGAGGGAAAAGCCUUUUAUUACACAUUUAAGAUAAGAAGGUAUAAAAUGUAUAUGCAGGGUUGGAGUAAUACAUUUAUUGUGAAUGAGGUCAAAUAAUCAAUCAGUAAGUCUGGCAUCAUAUCCUUCCCUCCUUUUGAAGAGGGGAAGUUGGGAGGGGUGGAGAAAGAUGGUAUCAGGACUUUAAGAAGCCCCCUCCAAGCCUAGCCACCUUCCCACACUUGAUUCCUCUGCCUGAAACACCAGUCACCAAAUCUUCAAAUGUUGGACUCUUCAAAUGUUGAACCACUCCUCAAUUUUAAGACCAGUCUCAAAGAUCACCCCUGUAACAUUUUCUGUAGAUCUCCCAGGAAAGUUGGGUUCCCACAGUUGAGACCCCUGUUGUACCCCAUCAUAUCUUGCUAUCAUGAACCCCCAAUCUUUCCUCUCAUAGGUUUGAUGUUCAAAAACUGGAUUUUUGGACAUUAUUCAUUGACACUCCUAAACCCCAGAACUUGGAUUUUUGUACUUGAGCUCAUGAAUGAACAUUUCAAAUGACUGCACUGUUUAGUUUCAAUGGCAUCAAUAUCUUUGUUCACUGGUGUUUGUACAUCUAUUUGAAUAGUUAGUCCUUGACAUUUAUACGUGGAAAAAUGAAUGUGUCGAUGUUAGUGAUAAGAAGAAUAGAUUUUAUAGAUUUAGUUCAUUUGAGACAAAGCUGGAAAUCAUUAGACAUGCUGGAAGGGGGUGCAUUUUAGCAUCAAUUACAUAUUUGGACUUAAGCCUGUUGACUCUGCUCAUUUGUAGAAAAAAAAGAUCAAAAUUAAAGAACACAUAUAAAAUGCUGGAAAAUAUAUUCCUGAAGAAUAUAUCUGAAAGGUGAUGUGAACUAAUUCCUUAUAUAAAAAUUAAUUCCAGAUGGAACAAAAUUGAAAGAUAAAACAAGGAAACCAUAAAAAGUACUAGAAAAAUGCACUAGUAAAAAGUAUCCUAAUCUCAAGUAGGGAAGACUUUUCCAAGCACAGUACAAAUAAAAUCCAGAAGCCUGGGCACUAGUGGAAGGGUGUACACUGUUACAGCCUUCAAGAGAAGGAUUUAGCAAUUCAAAUCCAAAAACUUACAGAUAUGAACCUCUCACCUACUAUUCUACUUUUAGGAAUUUAUUCUAAGGAGAUCAUCAUGGAUAUACACAAAGAUUUACCUAGUAUUUAUAUUGUUUCAAAUGAUGAAAAAUUAGAAAAAUCCUAGUGUCUUCUAACUGUCAACUGGUUAAAUCAAACAGAACAAAUCCACACCAACCAAAGAUAAGGGGAACAUUGGGACUUCCCUGGUGGUCCAGUGGUUAAGACUCUACGUUUCCAAUGCAGGGGGUGAGGGUUUGAUCCCUGGUCGGGGAACUAAGAUCCCACAUGCCAUGCGGUGCGGCCAAAAAAAAAGAAAAUUAAUAUACACUAUUCAACAACUUGCCUUUUUUGCUUAUAAAUAUAUUUUUGACAUAAUUCCAUGUAAGUUCAUAAAGACCUAUAUCAUAUCUUUUUAAUGGUUGCAUAGUAUUCCAUUGUAUAGCUCUAUCAUAAUUUGUUGAAUAAGUUUCUUGUCGAUGAGCAUUUAUUGGUAACCUAAGUAUAUGUACUGACACGGAAAGGUGUCCAAAUGAUAUCUAUAUAGAAUGUAUAUAUAUUUCUUUUCCUUUCCAGCUCUAAAAAUGUAUGACUGUGUGUAGAUCUACUUUUAAUUUAGAGUUGCAUGGUUUGGCUCUUAAUUAUAAGCUAUAUUAUGAUUAUACUUUUAAUGUAUACAUGUUAAUUGCAUCUCUCCAUCUACCGUAAAUUGUAAGCUCUUUGGAAUGAGGGAUUAUCUUCACUUCUGUGUUUUCCAAAAUGCCUAUAAAAAUGUUUGGCACUCACUUUGGAAAACAAUUUGGCAGAUCCUAAAAAAGUUAAACAUAAGAGUUACCCUCUGCCCCAGCAAUCCACUCUUUUACUUACUUAAUUCAUUAAGUUUAAAUUUUGAAUAUGAUUCAAAAUUUCUAUGUCUCUUUUACAUCAACGAUAGUUUUUUUCUUUUUACCUUUUGACCCCCUUUGCCCAAGUAAUAAUUUUUUUUAGCAAAUCAGGAGGUUUUUUAUUCUUUGAAAAAAAGUUUCUUGACAUUUAAAAAAAAAUCUUGAUGAAGAUCUUGAAAGGAAAUUUCUAAUUGCAAGUAAUGUCACUGUCAUCUUUUUAAAUUUUUUGAUUCUGUAAACUUUAUAUACAAAUGAAGCAACCGCUAAAUUCCACAGCUUUAAAAAUUACAUACCUAUUACCAUCGUUUGACAAUUUCAUCGAGAGAGUAUAGAUGAGAGCUUAGCCAAAAAUUAAAAACACAUCUUUUUGGAUUUGGAUUUUCUCAGGGGAAAUAACCCACAACACUGCAUCUUCUGUUUGAGCAUAUAUGGCAUCUCCCCUGAGCCUGGUCUUCUCCACAUAUGAUAGGAAUAAGUGUGGAAAAGUAAAUGUAGCAAGUAUUUGUUUUAGUGAAACCUUUAGAACCUAUGUCUGAGGCUAGAUUGGACACUAAGCCCAGGGACUUAUAAAGGCCAAGCCUGUGCUCUGAGGUUUCAACCCUUGAUACUCCCUAUGAGUUGAGAAAAAUAAUGAUUUCGCCUUUGUGUGUGUGCAAAUUUAUGUGUUUUUUCUCAUUUUUUAAUUGAAGUAUAGUUGAUUUACAAUGUUGUGUUUGUUUCAUAUGUACAGCAUAGUGAUUCAGUAUUUUUGCAGAUUAUACUCCAUUAUAAGUUAUUACAACGUAAUGGGUAUAAUUGCCUGUGCUAUAUAGUAUAUCCUUGUUGCUUACUAAAUAUAUCUUUAAGUUAAAAAGUAAGUUGGACAGUAUGUAUAGUCUGUCUAAAAUUUUGUAAAAGAAAAAAAUAAGCUGAUUAAUAUAUACACAGAAAAAAAAUUUCUGACAAGAUGUAUAUACCCAACUGGUAAUAAUCAUCAGAGAUACAGAUUGGCACAGGGCAGGGGGCAACAUGAGAGGUAGUCACAUUUUUGCUAUAAUUUUCAGCAAUAUUUGAAUGUUUUUACUAUGAGAAUAUUAUUUUAGAAGCAGAAAAAUAUGUAAAAAGUAUACAAAGGUAAUAUAGGAGUGUGCCUUAUAAUAUGCUUUGAAAUAGUGAAAAAUUGGAUGUUAUAUACAAGGGAUUGGUUAAAUAAAUUAUAAUAUAUCCAUAUCAUGGAAUAUAAUUUAGCUCUCCCCCAAAUAUAGUAUCAUCUCACACUUAUAAAAGUAACCAAUAAUAGCAGUAUGUUUUUAUAUAUCUCAAAUUGUUAAUUAUCUCUAGGGAUACCUUAACCUUCUGAGUUGUUUCUGUAAUGUUUCAAUUCUUAAUGAGCAACAUGAAUUAUUUCUGCAAUUGGAAUAAAGGACUAUUAUUUAAUGCAUAUUGAAAUUAGGGAUUUUAUAAUAUAUUUUAGCUCUUAAGAAUUAACUACCCCACCCUGUUAUAUCAGGUAAAUCUAUUGUUUAACUUUUAUGCAUUAGACUUUUGUAUACAUUUCCAGGAAUGUAUAAUGUAUUUUAGUUGAAGACUUUGUUUAGAUAUCACUUUUUUUUUUCUCUAGAUCAGUGCUAUCCAAUAGAAAUUUAAUGCAAGUCACAUAUGUCAUUUAAAAUUAUCUAAUAACUACAUUUAAAAAAGUAAAAGGAAACAGGUACAAUUAAUUUUAAUAAUAUAAUUUAUUAACCCAAUAUAUCUAAAAUACUAUCAUUUUGACGUGUAAUGAAUAUAAAAAUUAUUAAUGACAUGUUUUACAUUCUAAUUUUCAUACUAAGUCUUUGAA